AUGCAAGGUGUGCUAAACUUAGACUCGUGUUGGAAAACCCGAGCUUGGAUGACCAAGGUGGAAAAGACGAUCGGGAAUUAUCCGGGGACUUUGGUAAGGGAGUACACAUCAUACUUACAUGCAGCCUCGUGUCAGGAAACGGGAAAUGUGAAUUGUCAUAUUGCCCGGCAUGACGACACGAGAUGUAUGUACUAUGUACUCCGUACGAUCGUGACGGACCCUAUUCCGUUGGGGAGAUCGUGA